CGGCGGCGGCGACGGCGCGGGGCGGCAAGGCGGAGCGCGCAGAACCGGAUCGCGGGAAACUCCCCUGCCACAGUCUCCCUCCAGCCAUGGACAGUUCUAGUCUUGAGGAACUUCAAGAGCCUUUGCUGAGGGGCAUAGCAUACGGCCCCCCUGCCCAGAAGCCUGGCAUACCUGAGCUGGGACUCCCCUUAGGAGAGAGAGCCUUCACAGAACCCCUGAAGGGAUGGCUGUUCUUACCACCUCUUCCAUCUGUGAGCGCUGGCUUGGGGGAGCCAGGGUCCCCUGACCUUGAGGACACUUUGUCUAGCGACAGUGACUCAGACUGCGACGAGGAUGGCCGUCUCUCCCCGCUUCUGCCCCAGGACCACCUGGGCCUGGCCGUCUUCUCUGUGCUGUGCUGUUUUUGGCCGGUGGGCAUCGCUGCCUUCUGUCUUGCCCAGAAGACCAACAAAGCUUGGGCCCAGGGGGACAUCCAGGGGGCAGGGGCCGCCUCCCGCCGUGCCUUUCUGCUGGGGGUCCUGGCCAUCGGGCUGGGCCUGUGUACAUACAUGGCCGCCCUGGUGACCCUGGCCGCCUACCUUGCCUCUCGAGACCCGCCCUAGCUGUCCCUCCGACGCCCCCUGUGAACCCAGAGGCCGGCGACUCAGUGCAUCCGGGGACAGAGUGGACAAUCCUGGCGCAUGAGGCAGCAGUGGAAGGCGCCCCUCAUCCAUGAGUGGAGCCAGCG